AUGACGCAGAGUAACGGACCGAUCAAGGUCGAUAGCAAGGAAGUCUCGCAGCAACUGCUGGACCAAUACGACACAUUCUUGUUUGAUUGUGACGGUGUUUUAUGGCUAGGAACCCAUUUGUUACCUCACAUCAAAGAGACGUUGGACUUACUUGUAGCCCACCAAAAGACACUUUAUUUCGUGACCAACAACUCCACCAAGUCCAGGGCCGCUUAUGCCAAAAAAUUUGCUUCUUUCGGUAUCAGUGUCAGUGAGGAUCAAAUCUUCACUUCCGGGUAUGCCUCUGCACUGUACGUGAGAGACACGCUAAAGCUGCAGCCUGGAACGGAUAAAAUUUGGGUUUUUGGCGAACAGGGAAUCGUUGACGAGCUGAAACUGAUGGGCUACGAAUCGCUGGGUUGCAAUGACCCGCGGUUGAACGAACCCUUUGACAUCAACACUUCGCCUUUCAUAACCGAGGGUCUAGACCCAUCAGUCAAGGCUGUGAUUGCAGGUCUCGACACUAAAGUCAACUACCAUCGUCUAGCCAUCACGCUACAGUAUUUGCAGCAGCCAGACGUGAAGUUCGUGGCCACCAACAUCGAUUCCACAUAUCCUAACAAGGGCCAUAUCCUGCCAGGAGCAGGGUCCAUGAUCAACUGUGUUGCCUUUGCGGCCGGAAGGGAGCCCGCAGCGUGCGGUAAGCCUAAUCCAAACAUGCUGAACGCAAUUGUGACGGCAAAGCAGCUCAAUAGAGCCAAAUGCUGCAUGGUGGGCGAUAGGUUGAACACUGACAUCCGGUUUGGCGUUGAGGGCAAACUUGGAGGCACUUUGCUGGUUUUGACCGGUAUCGAAACCGAGGAGAAUGCUCUGGACGCUUCGGGCGGCCAUCCUUUGCCCAAAUACUACGCCGACAAGCUCGGUGACAUUUAUGAGUUGAUAAACUAG